AUGGAAAAGAUAAACGUGCAAGCCCUUGUUGGCAUGGAAACAUGGGAGGAAACAGCUUUAGUUGCUGACAUCGGAAACCAGGCUCAAGUGCCUAUUGUUUCAUUUGCAUCAGUCGUUAUACCACCACUAAUGCCUCGGCAAUGGCCUUUCUUGGUACAGAUGGCUAGCAAUGUCAAGGAGCAAAUUAGAUGCACCACAGCUAUUGUUCGAUCAUUCGAUUGGCAAAAAGUCAUAGCCAUCUUUGAGGCUGACUACUAUGGUAGCGAUUCUGGAAUGUUUGUUGUAUUAUCUGAUUCACUGCAAGAUGUUGGUGUGGCAAUUGAAUAUCGUUUAGUUCUUCCACCAUUCUCCUCGCUAGAUGACCCAGAAAGCUUUGUUACUGAAGCGGUAGCAGAACAAUUGAGCAAAGAAUCUAGGGUUUUUAUAGUUCUUCAAUUGUCAUUAUCAAUGUCUGUUCGUUUGUUUAGAGAAUCAAAGCAGAUGGGACUUAAUGGGAGGGAUUCAGCAUGGAUAAUUAUUGACCCCGUCGCAAGCUUUCUGGAUUCUGUUAAUACUUCAGUUAUAUCCUCUAUGGCAGGUGCUCUAGGAAUCAAGACAUAUUUUACUGAAGACAGUAGGUCUUUUCUGCACUUCAAACACCAGUUUAGGCGAAUUUUUCAAUCAGAGUAUCCAGAUGAAGAUACCUCUGAGAUGGGAAUUUAUGCAUUACGAGCAUAUGAUAGCAUUACUGCCACUACAAAUGCCAUAAAGAGGACAGAAAGACUUGUCAUUGAAGAAAGUGGACCUGAAAAUAGGAGUGAUAACAAGGAAAUAUUGUCUGGUUUGGUGAAUUGGCCAGGGGACCUAAAGCGAGUUCCAAAAGGAUGGGCAAUGCCUACUGAUGCAAAACCUAUGAAGAUUGGAGUUCCAGGUAUACCUUUUUUUCAGACGUUUGUGAAGGUGGAUUGGAAUGGAGGUUCAAAUGAAUUGAGCUUUCCUGGUUUCUGCAUUGAUGUCUUCUAUGAGACUUUUGAUGUUGUCAUUGGUGAUGUAACCAUACUGGAAAAUCGAUCAAAAUAUGUAGAAUUUACGCAACCAUAUGCUGAGUCAAGCUUAUCAAUGAUAGUAACACUGAAGCCCCAACAUGGAAAGGCAUGGAUUUUUAUGAAGCCUUUUACCAAGGAAAUGUGGGCAGUGACUGGUGCCAUCUUGAUGUACACUGUGUUCAUAGUUUGGCUUUUGGAGCGUCAAUCAAAUCCAGAGUUUGAAGGCCGGUGGCAGAAUCAAUUAGGCACAGCUCUUUGGUUCACUUCCUCCACACUCUUCGCUGCACAGAGGGAUAGGGUUCAUAACAGUUACACCCGUGUAGUGGUCUUGGUGUGGCUUUUCGUUGUGUUGGCAUUAUCUUCGAGCUACACUGCCAGUCUCUCUUCGAUGCUCACCACCCAACGUCUUCAACCGAAUGUAACCGACAUAGAUUGGCUGAAGAAGAGCAAUGCAACAAUUGGAUGCGGCAGCUAUUCGUUUAUAAGUUUGUAUUCGGAGAAUGUGCUUAAUUUUGAUCCUAGGAACAUCAAGGCAAUUAGCAGCGAAUAUGACUACCCGGGGGAAUUUGAGAGCGGCAACAUCAGUGCAGCAUUUGUUGAACACCCUUAUGCAAAGGCCUUUUUGAAAUACUACUGCGAGGGAUACACGCUUGCCCAACCCAUAGGAGGAGUUGAGCAUAGAUUUGGAGGCUGGGGCUUUGUAUUUCAAAAAGGCUCUCCAAUUGCUGAAGAUUUCUCCCAAGCUAUUCUAACCUUAUCGGAGAAUGGUAGGUUAGAACAAUUGAAAACUACGUGGUUUAUUCCUUCUCCCAAGUGUUUCAACUCUCAAACUCCUGACAAGGGUGAUAGCUUGAGCUGGUAA